ACGGCAUCGCGUGUAGUUCGAUUUUAAAACUGAAGCCCUAAAAUGACGGCAAAAAAUAAUAAGGGUCCAGCAUUCGGUCAGCGACAUGUUCAAGCGCUACUGAUCUUCUUCGCGAUCGUGGCCAACUACAUGGGCAAGUUCAAUGCAAGUGUUGCUGUUGUAGCCAUGACAAAUUCUGACACAAGCAAUCAUGAUAUUCCUACCUACGACUGGAAUGAAAUGGAACGCUCAUACAUCUUGUCCAGCUUCUUCUGGGGCUAUAUUCUCACUCAAUUCCUUGGUGGUUGGCUGUGUCGUCGCUUCGGUGCCAGAAUAACAAUGUUCGCUUCCACUUUCGGCUCCGCUGUGAUGGCCAUCUUGGUGCCCUUCUUUGUGCCGUGGGGUGGUUGGCAGUCCUUCUGCGCCAUUCGCGGGUGCAUGGGUGCCUUCCAGGGGAUGCUAUUUCCCUCUAUCCACACUCACCUGGCAAAUUGGUGUCCACCCAAGGAGCGCAACCGGUUGGGAGCCUUGUCCAACACAGGUAUCGAUUUUGGAACAUUGUUGUCCAUGUUUGCCAGUGGAUUGAUUGCUGCCUCCAGUGUUGGGUGGCCCGGAAUCUUCUAUGUCUCUUGCGGUAUUGGUGUACUGUGGUGUAUUUUCUGGCUGAUCUUUGGUGCCAAUACGCCGCGGCAGUGUAAAUUGAUUAGCGCAGAUGAACUGGAGUACAUUGAAACGUCCAAGAAUGAGAACAACAAAUUGAACGAGGCCAAGGAAAUACGUCACAUUCCUGUGCCAUGGAAGGCCAUCCUCACUUCGGUGCCCCUGUGGACACUGUUCCUAGUGCGUUGCACUCAAUCGUGGGGUAACUCCACGCUGCAGGCCGAGAUUCCCGCCUACAUGAAAGGAGUGCUUCAAAUGGACAUGAAAAGCAAUGCUCUAUACUCUGCCCUGCCGUACCUCUGCUCAUGGAUUUUGGCCUUUGUCUAUGUGAUUAUGGCGGAUAUCCUGCAAGCUCGUGGCAUAUUGACCAUUACAGGCAUUCGGAAAUUAAUUAAUUCGUUGGCUUCUUGGUUGCCAGCCAUCUUUCUGAUUGGUCUAAGCUUUUUGGACAGCGACCAGAAGACCUUGGCCAUUGUACUUAUGUGUCUGAGUGUGGGUAUCAAUGCUGGUUCGACUAUUGGCAGCGCCCUUAACACCAUCGAUCUAUCGCCCAAUCAUGCGGGCAUCCUAAUGGGCAUUGUCAAUACUGGUGGAAAUUCUAUACCAAUUUUAACGCCACUUGUGGUGGGUGUCAUAGUCAAAAAUGAGAAUGAUCGUACUGAGUGGCAAGUGGUUUUCAUAAUUUCAGCUGUCAUUUUCUUUGUUGGAAACCUUUUCUACGUUAUUUUUGGUCAAAUGGUGAGUCAGCCGUGGGAUGCCGCAGACUUCCUGUAUAAGCAAAAAGCUAGUCACAUUGAAGAGAAUGGAGAAGCAAAUCGUAAUGCAAUUGAGGAAGUGAAAAAUACCAAGCAAGCUGAAGAAAAGAACCUAUCGGAUCAGAAACACAUAAAGACUUAAUGCUGUUAAGCAUUUGGAAAACUGGAAGCAUCAGCCGGAACUAAUUAGUUCAAAAAUGUUAAAUAGUGAUAACUUUAUAUGUAUUUAGUAAUAAUACCAAUUAAGAGUAACUCAUAACUCGUGCGAUAAUAGUAGUUAAUAAACGUAAUUAGUAGAA